AUGAAGUCUUCACUCUUUUACAAGCAUGUUUCUUUUAACGCUGGCCUGGUUGCUGCCACAAAUGCUCGCAGACAAGAGAAUGGCACUUCUUCAAUAGCACUCUUUGAUUUUGAGACCAUCCAGCUGAAAACUUCAGAUCUCGCACACCUCAAUGCUUCCUUGCAAGCGCUUUUUGCAUUUGGGAAUGCUUCUUCGGUAGAUGCAUCAAGCAUUGCUUCUUCAAGAUCGGCUUGUAAAGUGUUUCCUGGAGAUGCGGAAUUGCCUGCGGAUGAUGUUUGGGAUGCCCUAGUUGGCGGUAGCGCAGAUAAAUGUGCCUCUGUCACAGAUAGUUGGACUAACUCUACUAUGCACGAAGAGGAUCCCACAUCCAUGAUGUCUCCAAUAUAUAAAGGUUUAACGUGCAUGCCUACGACCGACCCAACAGCAACCUGCACACUUGGCGCUUACCCCGCUUACCCCGCUUACCCCGCUUACGCAGUCAAUGCCACAAAUGUCGCACAAAUACAACUUGCCGUCAAUUUUGCAAGAAAUACUGGCAUCAGAAUCGUGAUCAAGAAUACAGGACAUGGUGUUGCAGGUGCUUUGAGUGUUUGGACACAUUGGUUGCAAGACAUUAGAUAUAAGGGUGCUGAAUUUACCGAUGCGGAUUUCCCUUACACUGGACCCGCCUUCACAUCUGGAAGUGGUGUUGUUGGUGUAGAUAUCAUGAAAGUAGCUAGCGAGCAGGGAAUGAUUGUUGUUGGCGGCGAAGCAAGAGAUGUCGGAGUUCUGGGAGGUCACAAUCAAGGUAGAGGACAUGGUCCCAUGACUUCAGUCUAUGAUCUUGCUGCAGAUCAGGUCAUCUCUGCUCCUUUACGUGGAGGUGGUCCCGCAACAUGGGGUGUGGCGACAUUUCUCAUAAUCAAAGCUUACCCAACAACUCCCGUCGCAGUUGUAACUUUUACAUUCGCCUCUGGUGGAACCGUUACUGAUGAUGCUUUCUGGCUCGGUGUGCGUGCUUAUUGGGAGAGCUUUACCACCUUCAAUAAAGCCGGGAUCUACAGCUACUUCUUCGUUUCUCUCCCUUCAGCUUUUGGAGUGGAUUAUUUCAUCAUGUCUCCAUUCUGGGCUCCAAAUCACACCCAAGCCGAUACUGGAGCUUUGUUGGCACCUUGGUUCGGAAAACUCACUGCACUCGGCAUAGGCUUUACACCAGUAUACAAUACCUAUGAUACACUAUACGAAGGAUGGGAUGCAUCUUUUGCUCAAGAAACUGUUGGUUCUGAUGACGCUAUUUUUGGUUCCCGGCUCUUUCUACAGGAAUAUCUCGAGGAUGAAGCAAAAUUUAACGCAAUAUUCGAUGCUUGGUCAAGCUCAUCGGGAAUUAAUGCUUCAUUACUCGUAGGUUUCAAUAUCAAUGCACCAAAUGUCGCAGGGGUUGAGAAUGCUGUUUUGCCCGCUUGGAGGAAGACUACUCUUCACACUUUGCAAGCUGUUACCCCGGGCACUGGAGCAUAUCUUGGAGAGUGUGAUAUUGAAGAGGUAGAUUGGCAACACAACUUCUAUGGUGUGAAUUACGAUAAAUUGUUGAGCAUUAAGGAUGCGACUGAUCCAUGGUCAUUCUUCUGGACCAAGACGGAAGCUGGAAGUGAAGUUGCUAGUGUGGUUAGUAACGAUGCUAUUCCAGAUGAGAACGGAAGAUUAUGUUGGAAUUAG